AGGCUUGGCGGAUCGGAAAUUGAGGGCUUUGUAGUGUGUUAGAGAUUGGAGACGUCAUUGGGGGUCGGCAAUUUGGGAUGUCUGUGGGAGCCAGUAAUUAUGGGUGCCCGUGGUGGUUAGAGACGGGAUUGUCGCUGUCAGUGUGCAGAGGUACGUGCGAGGAGUUCAGAUAGGAGUUUAUUGCAACAGUUAAAGAGAACAGAUGAUGAUGUUUUAGAAUAGGGUUGUAGCAGUGAAAUGAAAAGAAAUCAGUUUAAUAAUACAUAUGGAAAUGAGCAAAAUAGGACUUACUGAUGAAUUGAUAUGGAACAAGAGGGAAGAGAAGAAUCAAGAUUUACAUCUAGACUUUUGGCCGGAGGAACUAGAUGGUGAUUCCAUUUUCUGAGAAAGGGUUAGGUUGGAGAAGAUGAGAUUUGGUAGAUGGAAAUGGCAGCCAGGGUGGAUGACAGUGGUUCUGUUUUGGCCAUGUCAAGAUUCCCAUUACACAUUCAAGUAGAGAUGUUGAGAGCCAUUAGAUAUAUGAAUGUAGAACUUAAGAUGUCUGGGCUAGAGAAUUCAUAUUUGAAAGGAAUCAGCAUAGAGAUGGUAUUUAAGGCCAUAAGACUGGAUGAGAUCACCUAAGGAGAGAAGGUAGAUAGGGAAGAGACGGGGGCCAAAGACAGAGUUCUAGAUCACUCUGACAUUUAGAGGUCUGGUAGAAGACAAAAGAAAAGAGAAAAAAAAAGGACAAUGAGGGAUAGCCGCUGAGGUAGGAGGAAACCUGUGUAAAUGUGGUGUCAAAGAAGCAUAGAGGGGCCGGCCCGGUGGCGCAGCGGUUAAGUGCGCACGUUCUGCUUUGGCGACCCGGGGUUCGCUGGCCCGGAUCCCGGAUGGACCAUGGCAUGCUGUGGGAUCAGUAACAUUCAAAGAUGUGACUAUGGCCUUUACCCAGAAGGAAUGGGAGCAACUGGAUCCUGCUCAGAGGAACCUGUACAAGGAUGUGAUGCUGGAGAACUACAGCAGCCUUGCUUCAAUGGGGUAUCAAGCUGCCAAACCGGACAUGAUCUCCAAGUUGGAAAAAGGAGAAGAGCCAUGGUUGGGGAAGGGGAAAAGACCCAGUCAAGGUGGUCCGAGUGAAAUAGCAAGACCCAAGCAAAUAGGAGCCCAUGGAAAAGUCCAGCAAGAUGAUGACCAGCUAGAGAAUCACCAGGAAUCUCAAAACAAACUCCUUAGGGAAGUUGCAUUUAAGAAAAGAACUCUGACUAAGAAGAAAGGCCAUGAAUGUAGUUCAUUGGGGGAAAAAAAUGUGAGUACAAAACAUCCUCCUUCAAAAAAAAAGCUUCUUAAAUUUGAGUCACAUGGUAAAAGUUUGAAACAGAAUUUAGAUUUACCUGAUCAUAGAAGAAACUAUGUAAAAAAGAAACCUGAUGUAGCUAAAGAGCAGAGGAAAUCAUUCAGCCAUAGCUUAUCUGAUACAAAGAAAGAAAAAAAUCAAACUGGAAAGAAACAUGAGAAAUUAUCCAACCAAAACCCUUCUAAUAAGCAUGACAAAACUCAAACUGGUAAGAAACGUGAGAAAUUAGUUCAUUCCAUACACAGCUCUUCCCAUACUAAAUGGGACAAAAUUCAAACUGGAGAGAAACAUGAGAAAUCAUCCAGCCAUAGUUUAUCUCCUACUAAGCAUGAAAAAACCCAAGCUAAAGUGAAACCCUAUGAAUGUAAUCAGUGUGGGAAGGUUCUCAGCCAUAAACAAGGACUCGUUGACCAUCAGAGAAUUCAUACUGGGGAGAAACCGUAUGAAUGUAAUGAAUGUGGGAUAGCUUUUAGCCAAAAGUCACACCUUGUUGUACAUCAGAGAACUCACACUGGAGAAAAACCAUAUGAAUGUAUUCAGUGUGGCAAAGCCCACAGUCAUAAACAUGCCCUCACUGACCAUCUAAGAGUUCAUACUGGGGAAAAGCCCUAUGAAUGUACUGAAUGUGGGAAAACCUUCAGACACAGUUCAAACCUUAUUCAACAUGUGAGAUCUCAUACAGGUGAGAAGCCCUAUGAAUGUAAGGAAUGUGGAAAAUCCUUUAGGUAUAAUUCAUCUCUUACUGAACAUGUGAGAACUCAUACAGGUGAAAUACCAUAUGAAUGUAAUGAAUGUGGAAAAGCCUUUAAGUAUAGCUCAUCUCUUACUAAACAUAUGAAAAUUCAUACAGGUGAAAAACCCUUUGAAUGCAAUGAAUGUGGGAAAGCUUUCAACAAGAAGUCACACCUCAUUAUACAUCAAAGAACUCAUACUAAGGAGAAACCCUAUAAAUGUAAUGAAUGUGGAAAAGCCUUUGGACAUAGCUCAUCUCUUACUUACCACAUGAGAACUCAUACAGGUGAAAGUCCCUUUGAAUGUAAUCAAUGUGGGAAGGCCUUCAAACAAAUUGAAGGCCUUACUCAACAUCAGAGAAUUCAUACUGGGGAGAAACCCUAUGAAUGCAUUGAAUGUGGGAAAGCCUUUAGCCAAAAGUCACACCUCAUUGUACAUGAGAGAACUCAUACUGGGGAGAAACCCUAUGAAUGUAACGAAUGUGGAAAAGCCUUCAAUGCAAAGUCACAACUUGUUAUACAUCAAAGAUCCCACACUGGAGAGAAACCCUAUGAAUGUAAUGAAUGUGGGAAAGCCUUCAAACAAAAUGCAUCCCUUACCAAACAUGUGAAAACUCAUUUAGAAGUGAAAUCUCCUGAAUGAAAUGGAUGUGGGAAAUCUUUUGAAUGAACUGAAGGUUGUAUUUUACCUUAGAAGUCUUCUGAAUUUCAAGAAUGUUAGAAGGCCUUUAAUAAGAAGUUCCAGCACGUUACACAUGAGAGAAUUUGAAAGUGAAGCUUCACAUAGAAGCAAUAGAUGGAGAAUUUAAACUUGAUACCAAACCUUCUAUGGAAAAUAUUGUUUUCUAAAUCUCAAUUAUUAUAAAUGAUGUAUGUGUUCAGAUUGAAAUAUAAAGCUUUUAAAAUUGUUAAUAAGUUGAAUAAUCAGAGCAAUAGAGAAAACAAAUUACAUAUGCUAAGAAUUCCUGAGUUGCUUGAGUGUUGUGUACUUAAGCACCACACAUGAGAACUGAAUUUGCAUAUCUGCUUAUUGCCAUAUAUAAAUGUGUGUGGCCAUUGGUAUGGGUCUCAUAUUUGAUAUUAUCACCCAGCUCUUUCUUAAUGUCUCUGUUAGCUUCUGCAUCAGUAGAAAACUUUAAAAAAGAGUUAUUAUUGGUGCCAGUCCCAUGGCCAAGUGGUUGGGUUCAUGAGCUCUGCUGUGGUGGCCCAGGGUUUCGUUGGUUGGAA